UGUAAACAACAACAAUUACACUGGCAUUGUUUGUUUAGUUUUGAGUUUCUAAAUGAUGUUGUUUUCUCUCAACAGAUCCUGCAAUUUGUUCUCCAAAAAACAACCCUUGAUUUUUCCAAACUCCAAACAACCCAAAGGCACUUUUAAGAGCCACGUCUGUCUUGUUAAACUGUCCUUGCCGUGUUGUACUUCAUAGCCUCUUCCUAUCUCUCUUUUUCUUUCUCUGUCUAACUCUGUUGUCAGUCUUUCGUCUGUGUCUCUGUCUGUGUCUCUUCACUAUAAUGAGUGAUUCUGAUCUCGAGGAUCUCCUGAGAAGCGCAGAUGAGCUGGUUGAGCAGAAAGAGUUCAGGGAUGACCUACGGAGUGCUGAUGAUUUGCUUUGUAAACUGGAAGCAGCAGCAGCAGCAACAGCAGUGCCAUCAGCGCGAAAGGUGUGCUGGAAGAAGAGAGACAGUGAGGGAAACUUGAUCUUUGCAAGACCACGUUCAACCCGGAAUGACUCCAAUCAGCUGGCUGCAGUCGUAAAACUGAUCCCCCCGUUGAUGCUCCUGACUGUGAUCUGGUCUUUGCUCCAGCUAUCGCUCCAGAGACUGUUGAGGGGUUUCUACGAGACCUCCAGCAGUCUCUGAGCAAUACUACAGGAGAUGAGGUGGUAGCACAAACCCCAAGUGCUUCUCUGCUGGCGUCGACCAACUGGAGCACUCGAAAAAGUUUUUUUUCAGAGAGCUGGAGGGCAGCGAGACCACAUCUGGUUAACACCGUAGUGGCCCAAGCAAAUGUAGGAACACACAUUUGCCAACAGUGUUGGAGCAAAACGUCUGUUGUCCGGUGCCGAGAUUGCCGACCACAUCCCUUCUUCUGUGCUGAUUGUGAUGUCAGCAUGCACACCAGACACCCCCUCCACAACAGAGAUGCUACUACUGCAGGUUACUUCCAGCCAUUGGCCCCAACAACACAUGUAGUAAAUAUGGCCCUUUGCUCCUGCGUGCGGUUUGUACCUGUGGAGAUCCCGGACAAAAUCUGUGGUUGUGCAUCAGAGUCAUUGAGCCUCAAGCCAGGAGAGACUGUGACUGUGAUCACAAUGAAUGGGAAGAAUGUUUGUCUUGUUUCUUAAGAUAGAUGUUAUUGAAGUUUCUUCUUGAUAAUAUCCAACCCUUCUCAAAGACAUGUGGGAUAGCUUGUUUAUUAAAACUUAACAUGGGUAUUGAGUAAAGAAUACCAAAUGCAUUAAAAAAAACCUUGUCUGUUUUUCAAGGACGACAUGAGCUAAGCAUGCCAGAGUUGGUGUUACGUUCCCAAUUGGCUAGGGGAACAAAAGGGAAACGACACGACCAGAGUAGAAUUGGUAUAUGUUACAGGUGUUUUAUUCGUAACUGCAACUGAGCAAAAAUGAUGUACACGAACAACUUGGCCCAACAACGGGUCAAGCUGUUACGAUCUAACAAAAGGGUCUCCAAAAGAGAGUUGCCCAGUACUAUACAGAAGGAAAGAAAAUACCUCACUUCUAAAGUGGAAACAAAACAAUAAACAAAACGGGGCUGUGGGAGAACACAGCUGGUGCUGGUCUACAGGUGCUAAUCACCCGGAUCUAAGCAAGAUACACAGGAAUGCUAACCACAGAAUACUAUAACACACGGCUAGUCCGUGUAGCCAACACAGAACCCUACUAACACACUGCUAGGCAGUCUAACGAAGCACAGAGUACACACUGCUAGGCAGUCUAACGAACCACAAAGUAUGACGGUAGUAUAGCGAGGCUUGAGGCGUCUGUCCCAUAAUACAGAGCCUCCAGAGUGAUGAUUGUCCCCAGCUUUGUAGUCCUCUCCAGCAGGUGUGCGCUGGGCUUGCACAGGGAUUGGAGAACGUCGGGCCCGGCGUGCUCCAAUCAGUGUCCUCGGAAGUGGACCAGGAGAUGACAGCCAAUGAUGUUGGGGCAACCACACAGCUCAUUUACAUAAUCACACACAGCUGCAGACAAUCCCAAACAGGUUACCGAUUUGGCAGAAACAGCAGCCGUAACAGUUGGCUUGUGAAGCAUGCUCUGCGACAUGGACGACUGGGGUUGACGACCUUCUUCGGAGUGACUACUGGCCAGCUACCUUUCACUUCGCCACCAUUUAUGCCACAGAUGUUUUCUUCUCAUUUGAAGAAAUGAAAAUGGCUGCACCUGGACUAUCCUUUCAGGCAUAUUUAAGGAUGCUAGAUCAGCGAACGUUGCGCUUCGGCCGUACUGGGAAGAUCUCAACUGACAGCUUCAUCAAAAGUUUCUUUGAGUGGGAGGCUGUGCGUUAUGAGGUGGACAUCAUGUGCAAGGAGGAGCCCUUCACCUGUCCUGCGUGCAGCCCUGAUAUGCUUGCAGUUUCCGUGGAUGGAAACCGCAAGCAUUACCGUUUCAAGAAUGCAGCUAGAUCUGAGGAACAGGCCAUCUUUGACGGUGUCUUUAUAGCCAGGGAUGAAGACGUCUCAAGAUUUGUGGACUAUAUUCACACCACAACCAAACAUGUCUCCGGAAGAGGUGUUUGUGGAGGACAGUGGUCGGCAGCCAGAGAGACCUCCCAAAAAUCAGCCAGCUCCUCCCAUGAGGAGGGACUAGAGCUUGCCGUCUGUCGACAUGGAGUGCUCCUCUGUGCUCUCAAUAUGUACAGGGGAGAAAUCUUUGCUUAUCCCCUGUACCUACAGACAAAGCUGGCCAGUAGUAUGUUCUUUUGCAUGGAUGUGACCUGCAAAUAUUGGCCCUACCUCCAGAGAAUCACAAAAAGCUGUCCAGAGCUCCAGCAUCUUCUCGACAUGAAGCCCUUUCUCUCAGUGUUUCAUGCCAAAGCGCAUGACUUCAAAUGUGAAGUGAAAUGGAGUGGGGCAUAUCAAGAGGGGGCUGGACUAACCCUAGGGGAGGAGGUGGAACAGGUCAAUGCCUUCCUCUCUCGGAUAGCAGUGACCACAAAAUACAUGUCAAAAGCAGGACGUACAGACAUGCUGACGCUGAUGGCCAUGCGCUGGAAUCAGCAAAAAGUCAGCAACUUGGCCACCUCACUGUCCCGCAGAUAUCUGAAGACCACAAAAGCUCUGGAAAAGCAAUUGCAGAACCUGGAGUCCAUGAAGGCUGAGUUGGCAGUGACUGAAAAGCAGCUGGAAGACUGGAUCAGAGAUGUGAAUGAGUGGGCAGAAACAACAACAAACAACCCAAGGGAUGCUGCUGCCUUGGCCAGCAAGAUCGAAAUGCUGAUAAGUGUCAAGAGACGUUCGCAGCGUCUCUACAAAGACACAGACAGCAACAAAGGUCAUUCCCGGAUCCGCCGCAAGAUCAGGGAUGAGAAAGGGGUCCUGACAGCCACAGUGGAGAAAUACAACUCAAUGGUUCCAAGCACAGAAGCUCUGUGCCUCGAAGCCAUUCUGUCGUGGAGAAAGCUUGGCCAUGGCAGCUACCAAACAGUGAGUCUUUCGACCUCAGGACAAAGAGAAGAGCGUUCGACCUUGUCAUGGCAGUGAAGAGAUUACAGGAGGAGAAGAAGAUUCUCGUCACAGAAAUGAACCACCACUGGAAGGUCCUUUCAACCCGCAGUGAUUCCCUGAAAGAGCUGUCCUGCCUGCAAAAUUCACCAUUGGGCCUGAGCGAAGACGGAAUGAAAGGUCUCCAGAGCAUGUUCAGGAAAAAGCAGCACGACAUCGGAGAAAUUAAGACUCAUGCGAGACGAUGCUACCAGCACGUUUUGACUGGAGCAGAGACCAUCAGCUUCUUGCAAAGUGUUUCAGAUGAGUCUUCUGACUGCGACUCUGACAGCUCUGAUGACACACGGUGAAGCCCCCUCCAGACUACCUUCUAUUUAUCAUCUACAUGCUCCCCCUCUGUGAAAUACUCUGCCAACAUGGUCUCAACUUCCACUCCUAUGCCGACGACACCCAAUUCUACAUCAGUACCAAUCCAUCAUCCCAGCUACCCCCACUGUCA